GCCGAUCUGUAACUACAGGCAGGAGCGCGAGCGCGCGCACUCUCCCGGAGCCGCACGGAGCGUCGCUAACAAACACAAGUGGAGGACGUCGUACCUGCUUAAAGGAGCCGUGAGUCGCGUUCAGGCAGCGAGUUACCCGGGGAAAGGUAAGAAUAAAAACAAAGCUGGAGACGAGUAAAGAGUUUUGGGACUCUUUGGCGAAGGGGAAAUAAUCGGUGGAAUUAAACAGACAAACAAAAAAGGUUGUGCGCGAGGCGGUACGACUUUAAUGAGGAUUGCGGAGGAAGAUGAGGAAUAAAGCGGAUGUAAAUUAGAAGCAGCUGGUGAAGUCCCGGAGUUUCGUUACCAACUUCUCUACUGGAUAAAGGAUGGCUUGAGUUUUUGUUUCUGAAUUUUUUGCAAUUACUUUUUUUUUAAUUAUUAUUUUUUGUAAGGAACCCCACGCGCUCAUGUUUGGAAGAGCGGCGGAGAAACUUUGCUGCGAGUGAAACACCCGGUUUGUGAGCUGUCAGAGACCGGGAGGAUUUGACCACCUGCUUCCAGGACAGACCCUUAUCCUCUGUCCCCCUGUCCUGUCUCUUGUCUCCUCACCAUGUCCAAAGCGAUGCAGAAAAAGAGCCACUGGAGCGCGAGAGUGAGCGAGUGCGCGGUGCGGCGGGACGCGCGCGGGGACGUGAACGUGCCUCUGCAGGGCGGAGCGGAGAACGGAGAGUUCGUAUACGUGGGCCGCGUGGAUCCCGGCUCCAUCAGCUACGACCACGGCACUCUGACCGAGGGAGAGCUGGUGCUGGAGGUGGAGACGCUGCCCGUGUCGGGAUUACCGCUGUAUGACGUGCUGAGCGCCGUGAAGAACUCCAAAGGAGCCGUGAGACUCAGAACCGUCCGCCAAGGAAAUAAGCUGACUAAGGACCUCAAGCAGUACCUGAGCCAGAGGUUUCAGAAAUCCUCAGAAGACCACAAGCUCCAGCAAACCAUACGGGAUAACCUCUACCGCCAUGCUGUGCCUUGUACGACCCGCCCUCCUCGUGACGGAGAGGUUCCUGGAGUCGAUUAUAACUUCCUCUCGGUGGAGGACUUCCUGAAGCUCGAGCAGAGCGGGACGCUCCUAGAGAUCGGCUCUUACGAAGGUAACUACUAUGGAACACCCAAACCGUCGAGCCAGCCCCCUGCUGCUAAAGUGAUUGGCGGAGAGGCGUCGCCAAACGACACGCCCCGCCCCCAGGAGACCACACCCCGCCGCUCCAAGUCCUACAAUGAGAUGCAGAAUGCUGGAAUAGCCCCCGCUGACACAGAGGAUGAGGACGAGCUUCCUGAAAUGAACAGCAGCUUCACAGGAGACUCGAGUGAACCGGACGAGCACCCCUCUGUCCGCCCCUUCGCCCCGUCUCACCGGUUCAACAGCGCCCCGACGGCAACCACGGAGAGCACUCAGAACACACACACACACCCCAGCCACCCCACGGACGAGGACCCACUGGGCCCUUUACCCGAAAACUGGGAGAUGGCUUACACCGAGAACGGAGAGGUCUACUUCAUAGACCACAAUACAAAAACCACAUCAUGGAUCGACCCCCGGUGCCUGGACAAACCCCAGAAACCCCUGGAGGAGUGCGACGAUGAUGAAGGAGUUCAUACUGAGGAACUGGACAAUGAUCUAGAGUUGCCCACCGGCUGGGAAAGGAUCGACGAUCCAGUGUACGGGGUUUAUUACGUAGAUCAUAUCAACAGAAAGACGCAGUAUGAGAAUCCCAUACUGGAAGCUAAGAGGAAGAAGCAGUUGGAGCAGUCACAGCCUGCAGAAGAGUGGAUAGAAGAGAACGCUUCGAGAGCACCGCUAGCCAGCUACGCCGCCCUUCACCAGGAGACGCACAGAAGCCCCGAGCCUCCUUUUCCCUCAGUGGAGGCCAAACGAGUGAAGCCUUUCUUCACACGGAACCCGGCCGAACUGAAAGGAACGUUCAUUAACACAAAGCUGAAGAAGAGUCGCCGUGGAUUCGGCUUCACGGUGGUCGGGGGGGACGAGCCAGACGAGUUCCUCCAGAUUAAGAGUCUGGUGCUGGAUGGCCCGGCCGCUCUGGACGGCAAGAUGGAGACAGGUGAUGUAAUCGUCAGUGUAAAUGACACCUGUGUCCUGGGCUACACACACGCGCAGGUGGUAAAGAUCUUCCAGUCUAUUCCCAUUGGUUCCAUGGUGGACCUGGAGCUGUGCCGAGGCUACCCGCUGCCCUUUGACCCCGACGACCCCAACACCAGCCUGGUGACCUCGGUGGCCAUCGUGGACAAGGAGCCCAUCAUCGUCAAUGGCCAAGAAAGCUACGACUCGCCAUCCAGCCACGGAAGCCAUAACGGCACCAUCAGCGAACCUCCACGCCCUUUAAGCCCCGCCCAUGAGCCCACCCCUGACGGUUCACAGGAGCAGCGCUUCGCCGGGGAUGCCGUCACCCUGGCAUCAUCCAUCGCCACACAGCCCGAGCUGAUCACGGUGCACAUGGAGAAAGGAGACAAGGGCUUCGGCUUCACCAUCGCAGACAGCCCAGGGGGCGGCGGCCAGCGUGUCAAGCAGAUCGUGGAUUACCCACGAUGCCGAGGGCUCAGGGAAGGUGAUAUCAUCGUGGAAGUGAACAAGAGGAAUGUGCAGAAUCUUACUCACAAUCAGGUGGUGGAUCUGCUUAGCAAGUGCCCUAAAGGCAGUGAAGUCACCAUGCUGGUCCAAAGAGGGGUGGCUCCUGCCAAGAAAAGCCCAAAACUGCAGCCGCUGGAGAGGAAAGACAGCCAGGGUAGUCACCGCAGUGUUCCCUCAGACUCGCCACUCCAUUCCUCGCAGGCUCCAUCUACAGAGACGGCGGCUCCACCUCCCCCCGCCCAGCCGCUGCCCGGCCUGCCUCCUCAGGAGCCGGCGACAGACGGCACGCUCGCCAAGAAACCGGACCCGUUCAAAAUUUGGGCCCAGUCCAGGAGCAUGUAUGAAAGUAGGCUGCCAGAUUACCAGGAGCAGGAUAUCUUUCUGUGGAGGAAGGACACAGGCUUCGGUUUCCGGAUCCUUGGAGGGAAUGAACCAGGAGAGCCUAUUUACAUCGGCCACAUUGUGAAGUACGGCGCCGCAGAUGAAGACAGCCGCCUGCGCUCCGGAGAUGAGCUGAUUUGCGUGGACGGGACGGCAGUGGUGGGUAAAUCCCAUCAGCUUGUUGUACAGCUCAUGCAGCAGGCAGCCAAGCAGGGCCACGUCAACCUGACUGUCAGACGCAAGACAGGAUACGGAGUGACGAAGGUGGACGGUGAGGUUCCCCCGUCUCCGGCAUCGUCCCAUCACAGCAGCACCCAGGCCGCGUCUCUGACUGAAGACAAGCGCACGCCUCAGGGCAGCCAGAACUCUCUGAACACAGUCAGCUCGGGCUCAGGCUCCACCAGCGGUAUUGGCAGCGGAGGUGGAGGCGGUGGCGGAGGAGGAGGUGGUGGAGGUGUAGGAGGAGUCAACAGCAGUGUGGUUCCCAGUGCGAUCCAGCCGUAUGACGUCGAGAUCCGGCGUGGAGAGAACGAGGGCUUCGGUUUCGUCAUCGUCUCAUCCGUCUCCAGACCCGAUGCGGGAACGACUUUCGCUGGAAACACAUGUGUGGCCAUGCCUCAUAAAAUAGGGAGGAUCAUUGAGGGCAGUCCAGCGGAUCGCUGCGGGAAGCUGAAAGUGGGAGAUCGCAUCCUUGCAGUCAAUGGCUGCUCCAUCACCAACAAGUCCCACUCGGACAUCGUCAACCUGAUCAAAGAGGCAGGAAACACGGUCGCGCUGCGCAUCAUUCCAGGAGAUGAAUCAUCAAACGCAGCAUUGCUGACCAACGCUGAGAAGAUCGCCACCAUCACUACCACACACACACCUCAACAGCAAACUGCACCUGAGCCAAGAAACAACAGCAAACCAAAACAGGAGUCUUUCGAGUUCAAAGCGCCUCAAAUUCCUCCUCCUCCUGCUCCUACACAAGCUACAAACCAGGUGCACACCACAAACCAGGAGGGGGAGCUGUACUCCGUGGACCUGGAGAGAGACAGUAAAGGCUUCGGGUUUAGUCUGCGUGGAGGACGCGAAUACAACAUGGACCUGUACGUGCUGAGGCUGGCUGAAGACGGAGCAGCAGUGCGAAGCGGCAAGAUGAGGGUAGGGGAUGAGAUUUUGGAGAUUAACGGCGAGAGCACCAAAGGCAUGAAGCACACUCGCGCCAUCGAGCUGAUCAAGAGCGGCGGCCGGACGGCACACCUGGUGCUGAAGCGCGGUGAUGGAUCUGUACCCGAAUAUGGUGGGUCCAUCUAUGAAAACAUCCCUUUCUCGCCAGUCUUCACACCAUGACAGACCACCAACUCUCCUCUCCUCUUCCUCCUCCCCACACACUCGUGCCAGCUCUCUGUCAUGGCCUCCUGCUGUUUGGUGAUGGUCUUCUUCAUGUUGCCUUUUCUGUGCAGGGGGACGCUGGGAAAAUAACUCCUUGGGCACAUGCUAUCACAAAAAAAAAAAGUCGCAGGCUGUAAAAAGAUGAAUUUCUAAAAGUAAAACUGGAUUUAAUACUUCUCAGAGUCCUGGAUGAGUUAUAGAUUUUUAUGCUGAUAAAUCAAACUUGAUGAGCGUCUGGAGUCAGUGUAAGUAACAUAUUUAUGCUAUUUAUUGAAGGUGAAUGUACGCUACUGAGAAGACUUUAAGAGACUAUUAAAGCAUCCUCGUACCCUCUCCACCGAGAUACUGUAGUAGAGCCGUUCACGGACUUUGCCACGCGUUAGUCGAUGUCCACAGACGCUUCAGUCAGUAAUUCUGCUCGCUCUCGUCGCUAGGUUGUGUCAUUUCAGUCCAGCCGUAACGUCUGUUGCUGCAUGGCGUGUUCAGUAAAAAAAAAAAAAAAAAAAUUUUCCAUAUUCCAUAAUAUUUAUGGAAGAUUCGUCGUAACUGUUAUAUCUCGACUGACAGUGUUUUCACGUUUUUUUUUCCCCCAUGUAUUUUGUCAAGUUGUGUCAGAAUGUGAUUUUUUUUUAUCUUUGUAUAUUUUUGUACUAUUUUUUCUUUUUUUCUUUAUGUUCGUUGCCAUUUUCUGUUUGCGAUGUACAUUGUUACUGGCUCUGUGUGUGUGCUGCACAUUUGUCUAUGGAAGCUGGGUCUAUCUAUCUGUCUGCUGCUGGGUUGGUGUAUAUGUUGUUUUUGGGUGUUCUGGAUAUCUCUGUCCUGUUAAUGUUUAUUUUUCACUCAAUGGUGGGGGCAUUUUAUGGACAAUCUCUCUUUGAACAAAAUAAACACAUUUUCCAUUGCAAAAAAAAAAAAAAAAAUCAAUUCUUGUUGGUUUCUGGUGUCUAAAUGAUCUGCUUCUCUUUCUUUCUUUCUCUUUUCUGGUUUAAAUCGGUUGUG